AUGCCGUAUCCAGUGGAGUCGCCCGCUAUAAAGCACGAUUUUCUGGUGCUAUCCGAAGACGAACUGGGCGAUGGCUCGCUGUUUAGCUCUUUGGAGCGACCGAUCGAUCCUCAGAAACUGAGCAAGAGAGCCACCGUUUACUCCUAUCCCGACGGUCCGAAGUUCCCUGGUCCCAUGUGUCGCAGCUUGACUGUGAUUGGAUUUUUGGAGACUUCGAAUCCAAUGGUGGAGAAAUUGCUGCAUCCUUCUCGCGGAGCCAUGCAGCAAUGCACCAUUGCAGUCAAACGCUUCCAACCCAGUCUACCCGACAGAGACAAGGCCAAUUCCACAAACUUUGCCAAAUUCGUCACCAAAUUGCGAAGAACCGAUGUCGUGGCCGUACUGAGCAAGGACAAAUACGGACGUUUUGGACUGCUACGGCCAAUGCAAGACGACGAAGACGAAAAGUUUGCGGCCGAAUGCUUCGUGGGAGAUACAGAAAAUGCCAAGGGAAUGGUACAGGGAAAUGACAAGGCGAGCGCUGAUGCUGCUGCUGCUGAUGAGACAGAAAUGUGGCAACCACCGGGAAGUACAGAUGACAACAACAACAACGACAAUCUAUGGCAACCGCCAGGUGGAGGGGGAGCCGCAGACGAUUCGGCGGGUCUUUGGAUGCCCCCGUCGGCGGGAGAUCAGCCAGAUUUUGGAGCAACUUCAGCUUCAGAUUUCACUACCAAUAACAAUGCAGACAAAGAACAACCCGCGUGGAAUCCAUCCAACAAUGAUGCAGACGACGACGCAAACACUACACAUCCAGACAAAAAGAGAUCUGCCGAAGACAUGGAAAGUUCCAUCUUCCACAAGGAUACAGGCGCGGCAACCGCUGAUAAAUUCUACUCGGGAUUGACCAGAACAUUAGACACUAGAUCCGAAAGUCGACUUUACCACAUGCGAUCUUUCAAUGGAUGGGUCAAGGCAACGCAAAUUCAGGAACUCAAUCCACAAACGCAAGGUGGGCGAAAACGAAAGGGAGUCUCGGGAAAUCCACCCAUGCGAGUGCUCGAUUUGGCAUGUGGAAAGGGAGGAGAUUUAGGAAAAUGGACCAUUCAUUCGCGAAAAAUGAGUCGAUACGUGGGGCUGGACGUUGCCAGAGGGUCCCUCAAAGAUGCCGCAAUUCGUGCCAGAGGAAUCCGCAACAAACUAGACAAUAAUGCAACAUUCACCGUAGCGGACUUGGGAGCCGAUGUACCCGGAAGGCUCAAAUCACACAAACGAAAACACAUGCAGCCCCUCUUGUCAUGGUCCCUUCAGGACGAAUCUCCACACGAGACCGGAACGCCUGAGUUCAAACCAGUGCGGGGUGGGGGCGUGUCCUUGACGGAAAAGUUUGACGUCGUCUCGAUACAAUUUGCAAUCCACUACAUGAUGAGCACGAGAAAAAGAGCUCGCAGAUUCUUCCGUACCGUCAGUGAACUACUAGAAAUUGGCGGAAACCUCAUCGCGACAACCAUCGAUGCAAGAAUCGUCAUUGAACGCCUCAUGGGCUUGGGAGAGGACCUUCGCUUCGACUCGGACUCAGAAGAAGAAGAUCCUGAUAGGGAAAUUGUUGUCACCGCUGGCGGAGGAGCCUGCCGGAUUCGUUUCAAACCCGAUAUUGUUAAAAGAAUCUUCCAGUCAAUGGCUGCAAAAAAAGAAGACCCUUUGCACGAGGAUAUCUUUGGCCUGGAAUACACCUUCACGCUGAAAGAAGGGUCUGAUCAUGCAUCUGGUGUCGGUGAGGCAGUCGAUCUGCCUGAGUGGCUGACGCCUAUCCCAGUUCUGAAAUCACUAGCAGAAGAAGCGGGACUAGAAAUGGAGUACGGGCUGAACUUUCACGAAUUCUACUUGGGUCGAAUGGACCCUCAAGAGAAUCCCGCAGCCCACCGUGCUCUUUACAACAUGAAAGUUUUGAACAAAGAGGGGUCGAUUUCAAGCGAAGAAUGGGAAAUUAGCAGGCUCUAUUGUGCCAUCAAGUUCCGGAAAGUCAGAGAAGCUCACUCGGUUCUAGAGGAUGACUCCGAUGAAGAAGAAGAGGAUGAUGACGACGCAGCAGAGGAAGAAAGCGAGGAUGCGACGGACACAAAGGCAAGCCAGCAGUUCUAUAUAAAGGCCAUGAUGAAAGCCAAAAUGAUCGUUGGGAAGGACCAAUGGGACUCACUCUCUGGGGAUGACAAGAAAAAGUUGGUGAAUACACAACUCAAAAAACUAAUGGCGUAA